AUGAAUAAAACAAGAAAUCUCUUAAUUGUUAUUUUAUUUAUUAUAGGUCGAUGUGAUGGACAAGGUUUUAAUGGAUUGCCUGUUAUUCCAUCUGGACAACAAGGAGACAACACCGAUGCCUUACAACGUAGUAGUAAUAAUAACAACCAGUAUACUGGAUUUCCAUUCUCUUCAAAUCAAUAUCGUUAUCAGUCAUUUGAGAAUAAUCAAUACACUACUAAUACUACUACUACACAAUCAUCAGUAUCUUCUAACAAUCGAUUAGUUAGUGAACAACAAUUAUCGCAUAACAACAACAAUAACUCAACUACUGAGUACUGUUCAAAUACAAAUACAAACUAUGUAGAACACAAUCCUGAUGGUCGUAGUAUCACUACUACUACGACGACGACCACGCCUACUACUAUUACUAAUACAAGUCUCCGUGAUAAUUAUUCCCUUUAUCCUUCCCAUCAUCUUCGUCAAGGUUCUACUACUAUGCAAAACACAUUAGGUAAUAAUAGUAGGUCGAUGGUAGAACAUGCUCAAGUGAAUAAUAACACUGCUACUGCAAGUCAACAGCUUGCUCAUUCCAUUCAUGAAGUAUCUGGUCUAGCAGCCGCCUAUGCCUACCAUCAGUAUCAUCAACAACAGCAACAGCAACACCAACAACAAGCUGCUCAGGUGACGCCUACAAAUCGUCAACAUCAUCAAAUCCCUCAAGCUCAAUCAAUACCACCACCCCAGCCACCGCCGCCACCACCUCCAAGUGCACAUACACAUUAUCAAAAUCUAUUAGGUCAAAGUAAUCGUCCUCCCUACAACACUACUACAGCAGCAGGCCAUUUAGAUGAGGAGAGUUUAUCUCAUCAUCAUCAGAAUAGAGAAUUAACAGCAGUAGUCCCACACCAGUCGUCACACACUGUACAUUCAUCAGAAAGACAUGAUCCAAAAUCAGCUUAUCUAGCUGAAACUUAUCGAAAUGCUCAACAUAUUACUACAACACCAGGAAGAUUUUUCUUCUGA